AUGCCGCCCGACGAGACCAUGUCCUCUCCAGGAUUCCAGACUACCCGCAAAAAGGAAUCCUUCGCCUCCCCCUGGCCCACCCCACCAAUGAGGCGUUGCAUGCGGGCCCAGCGUAGGCUUGAGGGAUGCCAUGUGGCCCAGUCAUCAUCACAACAAAACUCCCGCCGGUCGGGCGACCUGCACUUCGCCCUCUAUGCCCCGGACUGCCCGUCGCGCAUGUCCUUCUCCAGCCGGACUGCAGCUGACGACGAUCCGUUACGUGCCGACCGACAUGGUAAUGGUGAUGGUGAUGGUGAUGCAGAACCUUCAGCCGCAGACGCAGACGCAGACCGCCGCCGCCCAACAGACCGACUCCGACACCGCCUGACCAUGGAGUCCAGGCCAAGGUCCAUCAUCGGUUCUGCGUGCCUGGCGCUCGAGUCCACCGUUGGCAAGACCGUCGCCGACGUCACAAACUUUGUCCGCCACUGCCGCCCCGCCAGGGCAGACCUCACCCCGAUCACCCGGGAGCUGUCCGAGCUGCAGAUGGUCCUGGAGCUGCUUAACGACUUUGGACAGUAUGGGCAGUACGGAGAGAACCGCCAGCAGGACGCCAUCCCCCCAGAGCUGCAGGCUCACCUCAGGCCCAUCCUCAGCAACUGUAUCACGGUGGUGCUGCGCAUCGACGGCGUGCUUCGGCGCCAUGGCCAGGGCGAGGCCGAUGGGUCUGCCAAAUGGACUGCACAGGGCAGGACGGAGAUGGCUGAGCUGCGGCCCUCGCUGGAGGUGCACCGUGGCGCACUAGGUCACAUCUCUGAUCUCAUCUCGAUAUCUAUCUCGAGGGCGUCCAAGGACCGCGACCCCGGAAGCACUCAGGAGGCCGGGCUUCAGGUCAAGGAUGUGAUCGAAGAUCUCCAGGACGUGAGGUCGUCUAUUCUCGUCAGCGACAGCAACGCCACCCUGGCACGACAGCACUUUGCAUUGCAGGUCCACCUCGGCCAGAUUAUCGCCUACGCGGAGACGCUCAACAGACCGGAUGCGUGGGACGAGGCGGUAAAGGCUAUUGAUGCUGCGGGGGAGGACGGAGAGGCCGGACCCUCAGAACCAACUUCGGAGCCAGUAUCUCCCAUCACGUCGAUAAGAGAGAGCCCAUCACAGGAUCGCAUUGUCGAGAGCCUACGCGCAAGGCCCAAAUCAUACUCCCCAGCAUUGUCCAGCGCAACCAUCGGCGCAGCGAGGACAACAAACCACACAACCACACUAAGUAUUCCGAGCAGGAAGGCGAUCAUAGUAUCGCCGCUGACCACCGGGGGAUUAUCUGUCAACACUUUCGGCGGCUCAAAUCGAGAACAGGGGGGGUCAAUAUCACCAAUGACAUAUAGAGGACCGGCAAAUGAGGAGAACACAACAAAUGCUCCAGAACCUGCCGAGGAGGAGUCGGAACCGAUAUCGCCAAUGAGUUUUGGGAAGCCUGCGUCGGCAGAGGAAGCAGAAGACGCGCCUGCACCCAUAGAGACACCACCGACCGACCCGGGGGUGUUCGAUACAGAAAACAAGGCCAUUUCAGGUGAGUUACUCGUGCCGGGGGCAACCGCGCACAGGAUAGGAAUCGCGCCGAGCAGGGUGAGCACGGCAGCUUCCAGCUACAUAGAAGACAUGGAAGACAGGGAAGAGGAGAUCACAGAGGAGGCCCUGGCCUUCGCCCAGGUCCCCGUCCACAUCAUGGGGCGGCUAUCAGUGAACCUGGUCGGGCAAGUCUACACCAACAACUCAGGCCGGAGCUGUUCGGACGGGACGAGCUUCGACAGGUCCAUCUCGACGUUCGAGACGGAGGGCGAGAUGGAGGAGGCCGAGGGCGAGGGGUACGCCGCGUCGACGGGGACGAGCGACACCGGCAGCCUCCGGGACGGGCACCUGCAAUUCUCCCAGAUCGACGUGACACAAGUGACACCACCCGCGGCCACCCAGGAGGCCCACCCCGGCGAGCAGGUGCUGCCACAGCAGGCGGCGGGGCACCCUCCACCAGCGCAGGCGCCGCAACCACCACAACCACCACCACCACCAUCGCCCCCGUCGCGCCAGAUCCGCGAGCAGGCCUCGAUGUCGACCAUGAACACGCAGACCUUCCUGCAGGGCAAGCCGCUCCCCCGGACCCCCCUGGUGUACGUGCCGCAGUACCCGGGGCCCUUCAUCCGCAAGAAGGUGGUGGUGGUGGGCAACUUCAGCUGCGGCAAGACGUGCCUGAUCACGCGCAUGGCGCGGGGCCACUACCCCAGGGGGGACGGCAACGGCGACCGCGCGGGCGUGACGGAGACGGUCAGGGUGUCGGUCGACGAGGAGCCGGUCGAGCUGUCCCUGUGGGACAUCCGGGGCAUCGACUACGACCCGUCGUGGCUCGGCGGCGCGCAGGUGGCGCUCAUCUGCUUCAGCGUGAACAUCGCGUCGACGGACGCGAAGGGGAAGCACCUCGGGCGGUGGGUAACAGAAGUAAACCGCAACUGCCCGGGCGCCGCCAUCCUCCUCGUCGGCCUCAAGAGCGACAUCCGCUGGCACGCCAAGACGGUCGAGAAGCUGCGCAAGCACGGCAAGACGCUCGUGACCCCGGAGCAAGGGGAGCAGCUGCGCGACAGCAUCGGCGCCACCCGCUACCUCGAGUGCUCCGCCCGCACGGGCGACGGCGUGCUCGAGGUCCUCGAGGAGGCGACGCGCGCCUCGCUGCUCGUCAACAACGAGGGCUCCAAGAAGGGCCACCGCCGGCCGCUCUCGCGGAUCGGCAAGUUCCUCGGCCUGGGGGGCCGCUCGGACUGA